AGUGUAAGACUUCAACAAUUAUUUCCUUUAUCAGUCCAUUUGACUCUUAUUUUUCUCAUUCUUCUUUCUUAUUAUUGGUUGCUUAGUCUACGAAAUGUCAGAAAAUAGUUAUUGUCAUUCCCUGAAGCCCAAAUGAACAUAUUGAAAUGUCUAGUCAAACCCCCCAAAUUUAACAUUUUGUAUUAUAAAAGACCAGGGAUUUAGAAAAAACAAAUCAUUCUGGGUGCCUGUAGAAAUCAGUUCGGCUCACUUGCUUAACUGUAGGGGAGAUCAUCUGUGUAGUUUAGUAGCCAAACAUAAACGAUCUUUGGCUACACCAAAAUCUCUCGGCGCACGUUGUUGACGUCAUUCCACAUCAGUUUGGGAUGUUUUCAAUGCGACAGUGACCGUAAAUGUGCCCAGGAGUUUAUUAUUCAUUCGUCGUGUUUACAGUUUUUGCUUUAUUUAAUUUGUCGAAAAUACAUGGUAAACUAUCUGGGUCAGCGGCAAAGAAAAUGAAAGGUUAGUUUAGCGUAGCUUAGCUGAAGUUAAAGUCGCACAAAUUGACGUUACAACUCCAUCAUGAAUGGCAGCAAAGCGCCAAAGUCAAAAUGCCUCCGGACAUUUGAGUUUGGAUUUCUUUAUAAUGCGAAACAAACUCAAACGCAGCAAAAACUUAAAGGAUUCAGCGUAUCAGAGGAAAGACAAAAAACAACCAACCGAGGUGAUAACGAUAGUGUUACCAGAGUCGAGCUGCUCCAAUGAUGAAACAUCAGCAGUGGGAUAUUCAGCCUCGCUGCCUGCAAAAGACAAAUAUGGCUCAAAUUCUGCUGCUGCUGCUGCUGCUGCAGGCAUCUCCGAAAGAAAAGUUCGACCACUGCAGGAACAGAUGAGGACUUGCAGCCCAAAAGACAUUAAAAUUGCGCCCAUUUUCUUCCGUACACCACGGCAGAGUAAGAGUAAAGUUAGCAGUGAUGGUAAGUUACACGAGACUAUAGAGAAAGCUGCAGGAAUCAGUGCCUCCUCCUCAGAAUGGUGAUUUACAAAGGGUGAAAAGUCAGCAGGGGUUAUCAACAGCUAGAAUAUCUCACCUGACAGAGAAAGGGAGGUUUAAUCUGUCCACUUGGAGAGGACAGUUGUCACCUUCAUCUCUGCACAGCUGUCUGGAAGAAAUCAAAACAUCCAAUCCAGCAUUUCCAGUCCGAAGAGUGUUUAGCAUUUUGCAGAGGAAAGCAAGUGAAAGACCAAGAGCUGGAUUUUGGAUCCACAGAGAACUUCCUGUGUCCGCACUCCCUGCAGAACCACUUACAAGAGAAGAGGAAACGAGGAGAUGAAAGCUCUGAGAGGGUGUCCAAGCGUCCAAGGUGGAGUCUCACUGCAGGUAUGGAUCGAUGUCGCCUGUCAGCACAGGGUGUCCAGGAAAAUGCUGUCCUUCCUGUGAAGAAACAGCCCAGGAGCAGUAAGCUGAGUCGCACUCACAGACUGAAGCGGCAAAGUGGACUUUACUGCGAGCCAAACUCUGAGUGGAGAAAUGACACAGAAACUGAUGGCCAGUCACCCGUAACCUAUGAUGUUCUCCAGAGAGAAUCCAGUUUUGAGGAUGUUCUCUGGACAGACAAGUACAGUCCUCAGCACUCAAGUGAAGUUAUUGGCAACUCUGUCUCAGUGAAUAAGCUGCACAGCUGGUUGAAGAAAUGGAAACUAAGAGCUGGCAGUGAUGAGAGGAGAAAAGUGGAGGAAAGGAAAAAUGAAGAUAACAGCAAUGACUCGUGGGACUGUGGAGACUUCCAGGGCGAGGCUGGGGCAGAGGACGACAGAGAGGAUCCACUGUGUAACACCAUGCUGAUAACAGGACCUCCAGGUGUAGGGAAGACCGCCUCAGUGUAUGCCUGUGCUCAGGAGCUUGGUUUCAAGGUCUUUGAGGUGAACUGCUCCUCACAACGCUGUGGCCGCCAUGUUCUGUCCCAGCUGAAGGAGGCUACCCAGUCCCACCUAGUGGAGACGUCGGGCAAGGACCCACUAAAACCAGCUUACUUCAACAACUACAACACCAGCAGCUGCACUCUUAAACCUGAGACUUUACCUGGAAAAGCACUACCUCCUAAAAAUGUCAUCUCUACCUUAAAAAAGAGGGCAGCACGGAACUUUGGCCGCUGUAGUCGCAAAGGAAAAGCUAAUCCAGCCACAGUCACUUUGGCCAACUUCUUUAAGAUGAAGGCCAAAGCAGAUCAUUUACAGUCCGGUGGCCUGUCGCCAUCUGACAAACCAGACAGCAAAAAAUUGGGCAACCCAUCACCGGGCUGUGAUCAAACAGUGCCACAGAACAAAAAGACAGCCACAUCACUCAUUCUGUUUGAAGAGGUUGAUGUCAUAUUUGACGACGACGUCGGUUUCCUCGCGGCCAUCAAGACUUUCAUGACAACCACUAAAAGACCAGUCAUUCUAACCACCAAUGAUCCCUUGUUCAGAGAGAGAUUCAACUGCAGCUUGGAGGGAAUCAUGUUCAAAACCCCAUCGGCGGUGAAUGUCUGUAGCUACCUGCAGCUGGUGUGUCUGGCUGAGAAUGUGCGACUGGAGUUGGAUGACGUCGAGAGCCUCCUCAGACUCACCUGUGGUGAUGUCAGACGAUGCCUGCUCCAGCUGCAGCUCUGGGUGCACAGUGGUGGCGGGCGGGUAUCUCAGAAUGGAGGUUUGACUCAAGAGCCUACUCGCUUACCCUACUCAAAUGCUGCUGAGGGGCAGGACUCCAACCUUCCUAAAUGUGACACAGGCUGCACUGCCAGCAUGCUAGGUCUCCACCCUGUGACCCAAAACCAACUGCUGAGUCUUCUAAAGUGUCAGCGCUGGUCUGAAACAGACACAAACAAUCUCCUGAGGCUCCUGGCUGAGAGCUGGAGAGGAGGCAUGCCUCUUCUCUACACCAACUUGGAGCUGCUUCUACCCAUCAGCGCCAAGGGAACUUCAGUCCACUACCCGGAAAAGGUGACUUGUUCUGGGCUGCAGAGUGAGCUGGCACCCUGUGACACUGAUCCUCACUUCCAGCAACUCAAUCGAAACGUCAGUCCAAAGGUGUCAGCAAACAGCAGCAAAUCUGUUCGGAAUAUCUCCAGGCUUAGUAGGAGGAAAUAUAUCACAACAUUGUUUAACACCACAUCAUCAUCAUCAUCCACUUUGACACACAAACCUCAAAUAACCUCAUUAUCAUUAAAGAGAGCUCAUUCAAGACUCCCUAGUGCAAGUGACAAGGCUGAACAAUAGCUGCAAGUGGCAGCUGACUGUUUAGAUGCCCUGACUGACUUCUUUGACCUUAUGUCGUACCUUGAUGCCACACUGCCAGCUGCAGCACCGCUGGUUUCAGGCUCACGCAGACCUGAGGCAUUUGUCUGGACAGGAGCAGAGGUAAAGGACGGCCUGUUGGAUGAAAUGAGUGAGGAGGAGGAGGAGGAGGAGGGCGGCAGGAGCUGGAGCCGGGAGAGGCUGCCAGAUAUUCAGGCUGCUGCUGAAGGCUUGGGGUAUCACAGGUGCUGGUGGCGAGUGUCUGAGGCGUGGACCAAAGCCCGAAAUCACAGACAGGAGCUGGGGGACAAAAAGUGGGAGAGGCUGGUGGAGAGACUGACGUCCCCUGCCUCUUCCAGAAAGCAGAGACUCAGAUUUAUUUGUCAACCUCUGUGUGCUUCAAGUGUGUCCCAAAGGAGGUACGAACUGAGCCGGACGGUGCUCAGCAGUAAAUCCUUCAGCCUGCUGGGGAACAGACAAGCUGUCAGUGUCGACUACGUGCCGGUCCUCCGUUCCAUCUGUCGCUUUCACAGAGCUCAGCAACAGAAAGAGGAGCCAGUCAGGUGUGUGAACUACCUCAGCAGCACACACCUGGGCCUGUCAAAGUCAACUAUUCAACUCCUACUGGAAGAUUUCUCUUAAAGAAAAAUCUGCAAAGACUACCUCUCCUUACUACUGUCCAUUUUUUUGUACUGUGCA